GGAGAUACUCCGAGCGAGUGAAACAACACCACCAAUCAACAUUGGCAAUUUCGACGAUACGCAAUAAGUCAGAGCGGAAAUGACGCGAGUUCCGAAGAUGCUGAUCGCUUUUGCGACCAUAUUAAUCGCCCUGGCCGAUUCCCUCGAAGAUGACGCUCGCGUAUCUGACAGGUAUAUACGUGUGUCUCACGAGUCUGUUAUACUAUUGUGCUGCCAUUAUUGGUUCGGCAUUGCCAGCAAUAAAACGCCGAAUGGAGUUUAUUGUCAGACGGAACAAGAUGCUCCACUUGGGAGCAGGAUAAUUUUUGAACUCGCCCCGAGUGGAGUGAGCACCCGGAUGUUGAACAGGAAAUGGUUAUCUCCGGAUUUUACGGCGUCUGGCUUUUUUCUCUUGGCGCACAGUGAAUCGAUGUUAUUGUCCUCGUUUAGCCGAGCAAUUCGACUGCUCUGCAAGGAGACCCAAGGAGGAUUGGGCAAGGGGCGGUUGACUCUGAGCGAAGCGGAAUUCAAGGCUUGUUCAGCCACUGAGAAGAAACACACAGAUGAAAACGAAGGAGAGAGAUAUUCGAGGACGGUGGUGCAAGCCCAUGAAAACCCACACUACACCUUGAACUCGAGUAAGAGAAGCCGUGCCACAGAGAACCACGGAACGUCAGGGAGAUUCCGUGCCUUUUUUUUUCGGCGUGUCUCUCUCUAUUUUCCUCCUCUAUACUCUCUGUCUUCUCGGAUCCUUCCCUCGAUCCGUCCUGCAGUGGACGACAAGUUGAAGAAGAAGAAGGAAAGAGAGAAAAAAGAGCCUCCUGCCCGCGAAGAACCUCUCCGUAGGGCACCGUCCGUUGGAGCAAGCCAACCGACGACCGCAUGA